AUGUGGCUUUCUCGUUUCGCCGCCAGGUUCAGCCCUCGAAAGUCUGCCACCGAACCACCGGCAAGAUCUCAACAAACUUUUGCCACACAGCAAUAUCCUCACGCUGCCGAACAUCAAAAUUCGGAUAAAAGCAAACAACUAGCACCGAUCGAUGCCGAACAAGCCCCUGUCAUCCAAAAGGUCUAUAGCGCUGUAACCAACACGGGUAAAAGGGAACAACCAUCUUCGACUAAACCCGGACGAUCCAUGUCCCCUAGCGAGAUCCUUAUGCUACCGAACGUGGAUAAAGGCAAGCAAUCAUUAUCAACCAACCCUGGACAAGCCCGCAUCCUCCAGUCAAGUCCUAACACAGUCGAGGAUGUGGAUAAAGGAAAGGAGCCGUUUUUAAUCGACCAUCAACAAAAUGCCCACGCUGCCGAAAUUAUGAAUAAAGGCAAGCAAACAUCGCCGGUCGAUCUCGAAAAGGCCUUUCCUGCCCAGCAAAGCACCACAGCCGCCGAAGCCAUGGACACACAAACUAUCGAUGUUAUGAAGCCCCAAAUCCCCAAACCCAUCGACAAAGGCAAGCAACGCAUGUCGGGCUCGCUAUACUCGUCACUUUCCAAAAACCCGCACGAGAUCCGCGUCCUGGAGAUUAUCGAUACCACGGGAGAAAAGCUGGAAUGCCAGAUGCAUACCGUCGUGCUCGGUGCAAACUUAAAGUUCUCUGCCUUGUCUUACGUCUGGGGCGACCCCACGGACCCCCACAACCAGGUUGUCAUCAUCGUCAACGGCAGGGACAAAGUGGUCACAAGGUCGCUUGAAUCUGCACUCCGGCACGCUGGCAACGCCUGGAAGCGCGAGUUCCCGAGAAGGCCGCUAUCCUCAUUCAGGCUCUGGGCAGAUGCCGUCUGCAUUAACCAGGACGACAGCCUUGAAAGGAACCACCAGGCCGGGCUCAUGGCGAGCAUCUAUUCCCAAGCCGACGUGGUAUUGGCGUGGCUUGGACUUGAUCCGAAUGGUGUCAUUCACUUGGCGUUUGAAUCAUUGCGCAAGGUUUGGAAUGCCAUCCGCAGACAAGACCAGCUGCCUGGAACUGCUGAAGAGGCUUUCAACCUGCUGCGAGAUCAGACUGCACUCUACGGGAAUCCUGGACCCGGCGAAGAGAGAGCUCCGAUCGUGACAGCUAGGUGGGAAGCCGUUUCCCACUUUCACGACCUCCCCAACUGGAUGCGCGUCUGGACAUGCCAAGAAUUUGUUUUGGCAAGGCGGUUGGUCAUGUACACACCAUCAGUCUCUGGGGACAUCGAGGCUAUCGGACGUGCCGACCGGGUUUUAUUACUCGCCUUUAGCCACAUUCUCAACGGGACUGUUGUGGACACGGACAUACCCAUCAUCGUCCGCGCCCUACCGCAAUCAUUUAGCCCAAGCAAGAACUUCUUGGAGCUUUUUAUGACGCGCGCAUUUCACAAACUGCCGUCAUACACCGAAGACCUCUCAAGAAUUGGGUUCGGGCUUAACGCAACUGACCGCCGCGACCACGUCUUUGGCAUGCUGAGCGUAUCUAAUUUGGAUAUGCAAGUGGAUUACACCAAAUCCUUCCGACGGGUGCAAAUUGAAUAUGUGGCUGCACUCCUUCGAUCUCAAAAAUUCGGGGGAGCUGCGUUGCUUGCUAUCUUUCGCCGGGCGGCUCCGCGCAUUGCUUCCCUCGAAGGGGCGCCAUCAUGGGUCCCAUUUCCUGAAUCCGACGGUGUGGGAACUCCACCCAUCAGAAAUUAUGGCACUGAUACACACAUCCGAUUCACUAAAAAGAGCGGGAAUCACUUCGUCAAUAAUCAAACUCUAUGCCUACCGGGCACACAACUGGGCAUUGUGCAAAACGUUUGGGACUUCGGCAAGCAGCGCCCACAGGGCCGAAUUUCCCCCGACUGGCUCCGAGUCGCCCUCCGAGCCAAGCUUGCUCAGGGACCGAUGGAUGCACACACUCUUCGGAUAAUCGUGCUGCUGUUCUUCAAACCGCAUGAGAUCUCUAAAGGCAUGUAUGCCAUCAUUGCCAUCUACAUGCUCAUUAUGAUCGUCGGAUAUGAUGACGACGACACGAUCCACCCCGAUGCUCUUAAUUUGAGAGGGCGGCUCGCAUCUUUUGGACUAGGGCUAGGCCCGGAAAGCUUCAUGGAGUCAUUUUGCAAGAUGUUUGGUGUUUCUGUCUCCGAUCCGAGAUCCAGCCUCGCGAGGAGAUACGUGGACGGCUACUGGGGUGAUGGGAAGGCAACAUGGAACUCGAUAAACGGCCAUGAGAGCGGAGCCGUUAGUCCGAGUCUACAGGGUUGGGAGUUUUACAAACCCGCUGAGAUGGAGGGUGGCAAGUUUGGCAGGCGACUGAUCGCGGUGUCAAUAGACACCGAGGUGGGGGAUUCAAUCUGCGCCUUCCCUGGAAGUUCACAGCCGUAUGUUUUACGGAGGCACUCUCAGGAGGAGUGGCAGCUGGUUGGGCCAUGCGGAAUUGCAGAGAUUCGGAAAGGAAUAUUUGUGGACAAAAUGAAACUCCCAGCGAGGACCAAGGUUGAAACCUUUCAAAUAGUGUAACGGAUGGUUGGGAAUAUAAGUCAGUGCACCCCCUGUUGGCCACCCCCCCCUGUUGGCCAC